UGGGAGGUCCCGCGCUGAGCAGUGACCCCUCCAACCGGGCGAGCGCCUCGUCCUGCGGUCCCGGCCAUGGGCAGCGGGCGGGACGUGUGCGCGCUGCUCUCCGCCGCGCUGCUCUCCGCGGCACUGCUCGCAGCCCAGGCUUUCCCCCAGACAAACAUAAAGAUCAGCCAAGCCAUGCCAGAGCCUGUCCACGCCUACUCCUGCCCGCUCUUCUGGACCGAGUACGCAGGCCAUUGCUACCGCUACUUCCCCAUCAACAAAACCUGGGCUGAAGCUGACCUCUAUUGUGCUGAGUUCUCUAUUGGCAUCAGAUCAGCCAAGCUGGCCUCCAUCCACAGCUGGGAAGAAAACGUCUUCGUGUACGACUUGGUGAACAGCCGUGUGCCAGGCAUCCCCACAGACAUCUGGACAGGGCUCAACGACCUGCGGCAGGAGGGGCACUUCGAGUGGACAGAUGGCUCCUCCUAUGACUACCACUACUGGGACGGCAGCCAGCCCGACGACGGGAUCCACUCGAUCCCCGAGGAGGAGGACUGCGUGCAGAUCUGGUACAGGCACAGCAGCGCACUGCGCUCCUGGAAUGACAACGCCUGUGGCAGAGCCUUCCCCUUCGUCUGCAAGAUCCCCUCGCUGGCCCUGGACUGAGGCUGCUGGCUCUGCCUCCACCCCUUUCGUUUUGAGUCUCCUCUCCAGCCGUGCCAGGGAAGAGCAGCCAGGAUGUGGCAUGGGUGGUGAGGUCCAUGGAGCUGCUCAGCACCCCUGGGCAGCCUCCAGCUGCAAAGCCCUUCCUGGCAGUGCCGUGGAGGUGAAUGUGGUGCUCACCCCCUCCUAGGCAAACGGUGCUGGCAGCUGUGCUAAACAGUGAAGGAGCCUGAGCCUGGCUCUGGGUCAGGUCUGCUGUCACUGUGUUGGAGGUAACCCAUGGUUUUACCAAUGCACUCGCGUGCUGGCACCCAAAGAUAGCCACGUGUAGGAAAUUCUCUUGCCUGUUGAUGUGUGAAAAGUGGAGGGAAAGUGUGAUUUUCUGUUAAGUUAUGCAAAAUGCCUCUUGUGUGUUGUUUUUCUCUCUGCUGAAAUAAAAAGCAAACAGCA